AUGCCGGCCAACUCCGAGAAGCAGCACUUGUCCAUCGUCAUCUGCGGCCAUGUCGACAGUGGCAAGAGCACCACCACGGGGCGCCUCAUCUUCGAGCUGGGUGGCCUGCCGGAGCGUGAGCUGGAGAAGCUGAAGGCGGAGGCGGAUCGUUUGGGCAAGGGCUCUUUCGCAUUUGCCUUCUUCAUGGACCGUCAGAAAGAAGAGCGUGAGCGUGGUGUGACCAUCUCCUGCACCACCAAGGAGUUCUUUACCGAGAAGUGGCAUUAUACGAUCAUCGAUGCCCCCGGUCACCGUGACUUCAUCAAGAACAUGAUUACGGGCGCCUCGCAGGCUGACGUGGCACUGAUCAUGGUCCCGGCCGAUGGCAAUUUUACCACCGCCAUCGCGAAGGGUAACCACAAGGCCGGGGAGAUCCAGGGCCAGACUCGGCAGCACUCCCGACUCAUCAACUUGCUGGGAGUGAAGCAGAUCUGCAUCGGCGUGAACAAGAUGGACUGCGACACCGCAGGCUACAAGCAGGCCAGGUACGAUGAGAUCGCCAACGAGAUGAAGAGCAUGCUGGUGAAGGUGGGCUGGAAGAAAGACUUCAUUGAGAAGAACACCCCGGUGAUGCCCAUCUCCGGUUGGAUGGGGGACAACCUCCUGAAGAAGUCCGACAACAUGGCCUGGUGGAAGGGCCAGGAUGUGGAGGUUGGCAGCGAGACCAUCCACGUGGACACGGUGUACGACGUGCUCGACAAGAUGUGCCGAGUGCCGGAGCGUCCCGUGAGCGCACCCAUGCGCAUGCCCAUCUCCGGCAUCUACAAGAUCAAGGGCGUGGGUGAUGUGCUUGCAGGACGUGUGGAGCAGGGCGUGGUGAAGCCUGGUGAGGAGGUGGUGUUCCUGCCCACCCACACCGCCUCCAACCCUUGCACCGGCAAGGUGUUCACUGUGGAGAUGCACCACCAGCGUGUGGACUUCGCGAACCCAGGUGACAACGUGGGAUUGAACAUCAAGGGCCUGGACAAGAACAACAUGCCGCGAUCCGGGGACGUGAUGGUCUACAAGAAGGACACCACCCUGGGCCAGACCAAGGAAUUCGAUGCGCAAAUUCAGGUCCUGGACAUCCCCAACGAGAUCAAGGUGGGCUACUCCCCCAUCGGCUUUGUGCGCUGCGGCCGCGCCGCGUGCCGCGUGUCCGCGCUGAAGUGGAAGAUGGGCAAGGAGACGGGUGGCAAGAAGAUGGAGGACCCUCACUCCCUCAAGUCCAACGAGAUGGCUCAGUGCAGCUUCCAGCCCCAGCAGCCUCUGGUGUGCGACACCUUCAAGAACUGCGAGGGCUUGUCUCGCGUGGCUUUCAUGGAUGGCAAUGGCGUGGUGAUGCUCGGCAAGGUGGUGAGCUGCGAGCGCAAGGGUGAGGACGACAAGGGCGGCCAUGUCGACAGUGGCAAGAGCACCACCACGGGGCGCCUCAUCUUCGAGCUGGGUGGCCUGCCGGAGCGUGAGCUGGAGAAGCUGAAGGCGGAGGCGGAUCGUUUGGGCAAGGGCUCUUUCGCAUUUGCCUUCUUCAUGGACCGUCAGAAAGAAGAGCGUGAGCGUGGUGUGACCAUCUCCUGCACCACCAAGGAGUUCUUUACCGAGAAGUGGCAUUACACGAUCAUCGAUGCGCCUGGUCACCGAGACUUCAUCAAGAACAUGAUUACGGGCGCCUCGCAGGCUGACGUGGCACUGAUCAUGGUCCCGGCCGAUGGCAAUUUUACCACCGCCAUCGCGAAGGGUAACCACAAGGCCGGAGAGAUCCAGGGCCAGACUCGGCAGCACUCCCGACUCAUCAACUUGCUGGGAGUGAAGCAGAUCUGCAUCGGCGUGAACAAGAUGGACUGCGACACUGCGGGCUACAAGCAGGCCAGGUACGAUGAGAUCGCCAACGAGAUGAAGAGCAUGCUGGUGAAGGUGGGCUGGAAGAAGGACUUCAUCGAGAAGAACACUCCGGUGAUGCCCAUCUCCGGUUGGAUGGGGGACAACCUCCUGAAGAAGUCCGACAACAUGGGCUGGUGGAAGGGCCAGGAUGUGGAGGUUGGCAGUGAGACCAUCCACGUGGACACCGUGUACGACGUGCUCGACAAGAUGUGCCGAGUGCCGGAGCGUCCCGUGAGCGCACCCAUGCGCAUGCCCAUCUCCGGCAUCUACAAGAUCAAGGGCGUGGGUGAUGUGCUUGCAGGCCGUGUGGAGCAGGGUGUGGUGAAGCCUGGUGAGGAGGUGGUGUUCCUGCCCACCCACACCGCCUCCAACCCUUGCACCGGCAAGGUGUUCACUGUGGAGAUGCACCACCAGCGUGUGGACUUCGCGAACCCGGGUGACAACGUGGGAUUGAACAUCAAGGGCCUGGACAAGAACAACAUGCCGCGAUCAGGGGACGUGAUGGUCUACAAGAAGGACACCACCCUGGGCCAGACCAAGGAGUUCGAUGCCCAGAUCCAGGUCCUGGACAUCCCCAACGAGAUCAAGGUGGGCUACUCACCCAUCGGCUUCGUGCGUUGCGGCCGCGCCGCGUGCCGCGUGUCCGCGCUCAAGUGGAAGAUGGGCAAGGAGACAGGCGGCAAGAAGAUGGAGGACCCUCACUCCCUCAAGUCCAACGAGAUGGCUCAGUGCAGCUUCCAGCCCCAGCAGCCUUUGGUGUGCGACACCUUCAAGAACUGCGAGGGCUUGUCUCGCGUGGCCUUCAUGGAUGGCAAUGGCGUGGUGAUGCUCGGCAAGGUGGUGAGCUGCGAGCGCAAGGGCGAGGACGACAAGGGCGGCAAGAAGAAAAAAAUGCCGGCCAACUCUGAGAAGCAGCACCUGUCCAUUGUCAUCUGCGGCUCGGAUGGUGUCUUUGGAGGCGGCCAUGUCGACAGUGGCAAGAGCACCACCACGGGGCGCCUCAUCUUCGAGCUGGGUGGCCUGCCGGAGCGUGAGCUGGAGAAGCUGAAGGCGGAGGCGGAUCGUUUGGGCAAGGGCUCUUUCGCAUUUGCCUUCUUCAUGGACCGUCAGAAAGAAGAGCGUGAGCGUGGUGUCACCAUCUCCUGCACCACCAAGGAGUUCUUUACCGAGAAGUGGCAUUACACGAUCAUCGAUGCCCCCGGUCACCGAGACUUCAUCAAGAACAUGAUUACGGGCGCCUCGCAGGCUGACGUGGCACUGAUCAUGGUCCCGGCCGAUGGCAAUUUUACCACCGCCAUCGCGAAGGGUAACCACAAGGCCGGAGAGAUCCAGGGCCAGACUCGGCAGCACUCCCGACUCAUCAACUUGCUGGGAGUGAAGCAGAUCUGCAUCGGCGUGAACAAGAUGGACUGCGACACCGCGGGCUACAAGCAGGCCAGGUACGAUGAGAUCGCCAACGAGAUGAAGAGCAUGCUGGUGAAGGUGGGCUGGAAGAAGGACUUCAUCGAGAAGAACACCCCGGUGAUGCCCAUCUCCGGUUGGAUGGGGGACAACCUCCUGAAGAAGUCCGACAACAUGGGCUGGUGGAAGGGCCAGGAUGUGGAGGUUGGCAGCGAGACCAUCCACGUGGACACCGUGUACGACGUGCUCGACAAGAUGUGCCGAGUGCCGGAGCGUCCCGUGAGCGCACCCAUGCGCAUGCCCAUCUCCGGCAUCUACAAGAUCAAGGGCGUGGGUGAUGUGCUUGCAGGCCGUGUGGAGCAGGGUGUGGUGAAGCCUGGUGAGGAGGUGGUGUUCCUGCCCACCCACACCGCCUCCAACCCUUGUACCGGCAAGGUGUUCACUGUGGAGAUGCACCACCAGCGUGUGGACUUCGCGAACCCGGGUGACAACGUGGGAUUGAACAUCAAGGGCCUGGACAAGAACAACAUGCCGCGAUCAGGGGACGUGAUGGUCUACAAGAAGGACACCACCCUGGGCCAGACCAAGGAGUUCGAUGCGCAAAUCCAGGUCCUGGACAUCCCCAACGAGAUCAAGGUGGGCUACUCACCCAUCGGCUUUGUGCGCUGCGGCCGCGCCGCGUGCCGCGUGUCCGCGCUCAAGUGGAAGAUGGGCAAGGAGACAGGCGGCAAGAAGAUGGAGGACCCUCACUCCCUCAAGUCCAACGAGAUGGCUCAGUGCAGCUUCCAGCCCCAGCAGCCUUUGGUGUGCGACACCUUCAAGAACUGCGAGGGCUUGUCUCGCGUGGCCUUCAUGGAUGGCAACGGCGUGGUGAUGCUCGGCAAGGUGGUGAGCUGCGAGCGCAAGGGUGAGGACGACAAGGGCGGCAAGAAGAAAACAAUGCCGGCCAACUCUGAGAAGCAGCACCUGUCCAUUGUCAUCUGCGGCCAUGUCGACAGUGGCAAGAGCACCACCACGGGGCGCCUCAUUUUCGAGCUGGGUGGCCUGCCGGAGCGUGAGCUGGAGAAGCUGAAGGCGGAGGCGGAUCGUUUGGGCAAGGGCUCUUUCGCAUUUGCCUUCUUCAUGGACCGUCAGAAAGAAGAGCGUGAGCGUGGUGUGACCAUCUCCUGCACCACCAAGGAGUUCUUUACCGAGAAGUGGCAUUACACGAUCAUCGAUGCCCCUGGUCACCGAGACUUCAUCAAGAACAUGAUUACGGGCGCCUCGCAGGCUGACGUGGCACUGAUCAUGGUCCCGGCCGAUGGCAAUUUUACCACCGCCAUCGCGAAGGGUAACCACAAGGCCGGAGAGAUCCAGGGCCAGACUCGGCAGCACUCCCGACUCAUCAACUUGCUGGGAGUGAAGCAGAUCUGCAUCGGCGUGAACAAGAUGGACUGCGACACCGCGGGCUACAAGCAGGCCAGGUACGAUGAGAUCGCCAACGAGAUGAAGAGCAUGCUGGUGAAGGUGGGCUGGAAGAAGGACUUCAUCGAGAAGAACACCCCGGUGAUGCCCAUCUCCGGUUGGAUGGGGGACAACCUCCUGAAGAAGUCCGACAACAUGGCCUGGUGGAAGGGCCAGGAUGUGGAGGUUGGCAGCGAGACCAUCCACGUGGACACCGUGUACGACGUGCUCGACAAGAUGUGCCGAGUGCCGGAGCGUCCCGUGAGCGCACCCAUGCGCAUGCCCAUCUCCGGCAUCUACAAGAUCAAGGGCGUGGGUGAUGUGCUUGCAGGCCGUGUGGAGCAGGGUGUGGUGAAGCCUGGUGAGGAAGUGGUGUUCCUGCCCACCCACACCGCCUCCAACCCUUGCACCGGCAAGGUGUUCACUGUGGAGAUGCACCACCAGCGUGUGGACUUCGCGAACCCCGGUGACAACGUGGGAUUGAACAUCAAGGGCCUGGACAAGAACAACAUGCCGCGAUCAGGGGACGUGAUGGUCUACAAGAAGGACACCACCCUGGGCCAGACCAAGGAGUUCGAUGCGCAAAUCCAGGUCCUGGACAUCCCCAACGAGAUCAAGGUGGGCUACUCACCCAUCGGCUUCGUGCGCUGCGGCCGCGCCGCGUGCCGCGUGUCCGCGCUCAAGUGGAAGAUGGGCAAGGAGACCGGCGGCAAGAAGAUGGAGGACCCUCACUCCCUCAAGUCCAACGAGAUGGCUCAGUGCAGCUUCCAGCCCCAGCAGCCUUUGGUGUGCGACACCUUCAAGAACUGCGAGGGCUUGUCUCGCGUCGCCUUCAUGGAUGGCAACGGCGUGGUGAUGCUCGGCAAGGUGGUGAGCUGCGAGCGCAAGGGUGAGGACGACAAGGGCGGCAAGAAGAAGUAA